AUGCUGGAACUCUCACUUAGCCCAGGCAGCGAAGAACAAAGAAGCAGGGAAAAGGAGCUACUCGAAUACUACUACAAGGUAACAGAAAAAGUAAAUCGAUCCCGAGCUGAGGCAUUCAACGACCCAUACCUAUCGACACGAGUCACCCCCAUCAGUCUGAUAUCUGGAUGCUGGGAACGCGAAGAUACUUUCUCACUGCGUGAGUCUUUGAUCAAGGUUGCCGCAUACUGGGACCAACUCCGGCAAGACGACACACCAUGCCCGCUCGACUUUAAUGUCGAUGAGCUAGCUGAACAUGAACGCGAAAGGGAACUAAUUGGGGGGCUUUCAAACAUCGUUCAGCAGUUAGAAGAAGAAGGACUUAUUCCGAUCGGAGGGAUGGUUCGACCGGAGGAGUAUGAGCAUGCCAAGAUGGUGAGUGAGUACUUUAAGAGCGAGUUUAUCAAUCUAGCCGAGGGCGAUCAACAACGGGAACUGCAUGAAAAGGUAUGGCCUUAUUAG